GUGCGCCGCAGCCCCCGUGCUGAGGAGGAGGAGGAGGAGGCGGAGGCGGGAAGCCUCCAUCGGGGCCUGGCGUGCCGCGCGGGGCCGGCGGCCUCCCUGGUCCUCCUCCGCGGGUCCCGCCGGCCUCUUCCCGCCGUCGCGUGCUAAGGAAGUAAUUUCAAAGCCAGUCAGAUUAUGGCCUUUGAAAGGAUAACACAAAAGGACUGGUACAAAAUCCUGGGUGCAAAGCCAUCAGACAGUCCGGCAGAACUAAAACGGAAGUACCAAAAACUUGCUUUAUUAUAUCAUCCAGACAAACAGAAGGCAGAUGUGCCAGCAGGAGAAGUGGAGGAGCGCGUGCAGAGGUUCAUCGAAAUUGAUCAAGCGUGGAAAAUUCUAGGGAACGAAGAGACAAAAAAAGAGUAUGACCUGCAGCAGCGUGAAGAUAAUCUGACAAAAGAAUGGCCACUACAUGCACAAAUUUAUCUUGAGGAUAUGUCCUGGAAUGAAGAUGAACAAUGCUAUACUCUGUCCUGUCGAUGUGGUGGGAAUUACACCGUCUUCAAGAAUGAAACCAAAGAUGUAUCUUUGGUUUGUUGUGACACAUGUUCACUUGUUAUCGAGAUCCUUCAAUGAUUGUUUCAAUCAAGCACAUUAAGCAUUACAAACUUUUAAAAAGACUGGACAAACAGGGAACAGCAUCUACUAGAGAAAAGUAUGUUAAAGAAAAGGGGGGCACCACAAGAACAAGUUCAAUCAGGCUUAAGAAAGGAAAUGUGCCCAUUUACUGACAUAGCUCUGCAGACAGACACGAGGCUUGGGUUUUUUUACCUUCUGCAACUAAAGAGCCAGUUAUUAAAAACCUCCAGAACAGAACACUAAGUUCUGUACAACUAGAAUAUAUCUUAUGAUCUAAAUGACAUUUCUUUCCCAGAAAACAACAGAGUAGCUUCUUUCAAUCUCAGCCUGUAUCAACUAUACCUUGGGCCCUACCUCUUAGGUUAAAUCCUUUUUAACAGCUCAGAUGACAAAAUUUAAUCAGGAGGCAUACAUCUGAGAGUGCUUUGAAGAUAAUGAAGAGUAAGGCCCAUUAAUGGGAAACAGGAACAUUUUCUAUUUCUAUGCUAAAUAUUUAACUUCAUUAAAUCCUCACAAGGAGUUGAGCCUUGGAAAGAGGUGGCAGAGAUUCACAGAUCUAACAGGCUGGUUGUCUCGAUACUAAAUGGCAGGUCCAGUGCCUACACACUGGACUGUAACAGUGCAUCUACAUUAACUUUUCAGCUUAGAGCGGGAGCACAUUUUGAAUUGACUCUCAUCUGAACAAACGCAGUCUUCAUUCCUUAGAUGAAAACUAACCAGGAAACUGUGCUGUGAUUCCUACUGGGCAGACAGCCCACCGGGCCAAACUAGAGCCCGUUUAAGGAAAACCCUACAAAACACACCUGAGUGACUAGCAGAUCCGGAACCCCACUGUUACUGUUUUCAGUUCCAAUCCUAGCAUGCCACACUACUUGCUAAUGUAGGCAUAGCCGAUGUGUGGCUCUGGAUGUAUGACAACAUAAUAGUGCGUUGUGCCUUUUUCAUCCCUUGUUAACAGUCAAUACUAACCUUGGCUUGUAGUAAAAACCAAAAGUUUCUGAUAAAUCCAAGCACUUACUGUGAAUAGCCAGAGGAAACAAAGUAGGAGGCAUAUCAUUUUUGUUGAUGACAGCAGUAUAUCUUUCCCACUUUCAAGUUAGGUGCAAUCUCAGAAAGAGACGUUUUUGUCAAGUAAUAAUUGUUUUUUAUUCUAAACAAAAAUAAUUCCAUUGAUUUUAGUAGAAAAUGUUAUGAAAGCUGGCAAUAGUCACUUAAAUCUUUUAAUCAUCAAGAAAUCUAUGGCCAUUGGGGCUUGCACGUAGAAAUCCAAAGUCAUUCAGAGGCCAUAUCUGUAAAAUAAAAUAGUUACCAGAGAUUUUAAUCACAACUCAAAGUUCAGUGUUUUCAUUUGUUAUUGUUGUAAUUGUUUUAUAAACUGCAUAAUUUUUUAGCUCUUUGGUUGACAGGGUAUAUGAACUUUUCUCACCUGUGUGUUUCUUUUACUAGGAGUAAUAAAUACUAUGUAUCAGGAGGAAUCAUCAUUCCAUAGUGGCUGGAGACAACACUAAUUUAUACACAGCAUGCUUUGCUAUGGAGACCCUCAGAAAUUACAUAUUUUUUUUUCAGCCUUGGAAAUAAAUACAUUCCUAGCAAAUACUUUCAAAGUUUUCUAGCUUGUAAACCUCUUAACAACUUAAAAGACAAAGUAUGUAUUUUUGAUCCAUCUAGAAGAAAGAAUACCAUGAGCAUUACCUCCCAGUGAGAGCAGUUCUGUGAGGUGUACCUUUGUAUUUUCAAGAGGGGCAUUUGAACUGCAAACAAAACCUUAGAAGAAUUUUCCACAGGCUUACAGGUAAGCUUUUACCAUGCAAAUGGGUAUAAAGUGGGGGGAGUGCCUGCCACCAUCAGGGGCUCCUCUGAGAAGGGGACUACGAUAUAGAACAAGAAGCAGCACAAAUCAUGACCAAGUACAAGCACAAGUGUCAGAGAAUGAUGCUUACUAGUAAGAAAAAAAUUUCUCUCCAGAACUAUAUAGCUGUUCAUCUACUGAAUGCUCCCAGGAGUACUUUCCUCUGAACAUUCACUAAUUACAUGUAGGCUGGUCUUGGAUGCAAAAAAAGUAAUAGGGAGUCAAGGACAUUCUCUUACACUCUGUCCUUUGUCUCCCUUGACUGCCUGUGUCUCUUUGCAACACGUUCUUUCAAAGAUGACACGAGGGGAUCAGCAGGAAGAAGGAAAAGAGAUGAUGUUGAAGAAUGAAUGCCCUCUGUGGCUCUAAUCCCAUAAAAAUCUCACAGCCCCUGCUCAAGAUGAAGCAACCUGGACAGAGAAAGAUGAUGCACUACCUUGUUCCCAAAGCACCUGUCAGUAUAGUGUUUAUCUUGCUCAUUUUUUCUUACAACUUGGUCUUAAAGAAGGUAUGCAGUCACCUUCCAGGAACAGCAACUUACUCUGAGUUCAUGGAACAGCCGCAGCACAGAAGGAGCCUUUGCUGCUUUCUGUGUGGAGUGAAAAAGUAAUUUUCUCAGUUUAAAAGAGAAAGCAUAGUGCCAAGGUUCACUUUUCAAUCCCCACGACUUGUCCCCAGCACUAAAGACAAUGACAGAAGAGGCAGAGGCAGUUAAGGACAGGCACAGCAAGAUGUAGCAUCAGCUUACGACUAGACUGGGACUGUGCACUGCUAGAAGCGCCCUAGACUUGGCGCUGUCAGGCCCCUUGCAGCACUGUGCUAAGCUGCCAUCAGUUGGAUUGUGCCUGGGCCCUCAGGAAGAUGGAAGGAUGAGUCAUUCUCGGGACCUCAAGUUCUGUGGAGCUGAAAAAGGCUCAAAGCUCUCUUGUGCAAGUAUCUUCAAAAAUACAUGUCUUUUUUGGCAUGUGCAGUUAGGGAAGAGAAUGAGGAACAUCUGCUGAUACAGAGAAAUACACAGAGGUAACGUCUUGUCUCUACGUGCGUAUUAGCCAGUGAGCUAUUUUAAGUAAGUUCCACACAAAUAUACAGAGCUACAAACCAACAACAGAAGAGUAUUUGUGAUCUUGGUUAGAAGCAAAGCUACAGCAUUCAAGGCUCUCCAGAGGGCCUGUGCUGGCUGCAGGCUGGGUGUCAAGUCUUUGUUUGGCCUCAAAGGCAAACAGGAGUAGAAGGGAAUAGGAAUAUCCCAUAUUACAAAUCUAAGCUGAUCUGAAUGAAGGCCCAGAGAAGGAAGAUUCUUAGGCCAUUCACUACAGAACAAAUCUUGUUUCAGGCAAAUCAAAUCGCACCUAUUGCAACUUGACUUUCUGUCAGUGAAAGUAAUCAAAUUGUUUUAACUAUUGUUUUGACAAUUUAGUUUCAAAUUCGUCACAGUAAUCUUAGUGGUAAAGUUAGAAUGAAAAUGAUGUUUUAUCUAGUCUGCGUGCAGGAGAGAAUGUGAGAAAGGAGGAGAUGGAACAAGCCUUCUCUGUGAAACAAAGACAUGCCACUGUGUGUAGUAAUUCCCAAGUCUUUUAAAGUUAUGACAGAAGUUGACUGUGACUUGUUCGUUCAAACUGGCUAGUCCAAUUAGCAGCUAUUUCCCCUUGCCCUCUUUGGUUUGGCCUACAUAGAUUUGAUCUGAUGGAUGGGGGAUAAAUGGGGCUAACUAGCUCUUUUGAAGAUACACUACAGGUCUAUUUUUGACAUGGAGCCUAAGUCCAGGGAAUGCACAGGAUAUCCUACCUAGGACAGGAUGAAGCAUCAGUUCUGUCAAAGUGGGAUUCCCGAGGCUUUUCCUGAGUUUGCAGCUACUUUGAUUUCAGUGGCCUUUUUAUGGAAUGAACUUGUCUCUCAGAGUGGUAGUUGAUAUGGUGGCAGGGAGGAAAUGGGGCAAAUAUAACCAAAUAUCAUUAUUUCUGUAAGGGUUAAAAACUGGUGCACGAACAUUGACUGAGAAUCUUGGGUCUAAACUUCACAGAUAAGUUAGAGAGAAUUAACAUUUAUGUUUUGCCAAGAAUAGGUUGCCUAAGCAAACUUGGUACAAGCUUGCUCUCUUGUGUUGAAAUCCAUUACUUCCUAAUUAGAUUUGUUUUGCAUCUAUUACUAAAAAUGUAACUUAGCAUUCAAAGGCACGGUUACAUCUGCUUCUCCAAAAUCCACUUUAAGAUAAAGCUACAUAAGCUUCCAUUCUCAAGGCAGUAAAAUACUAUCUUUUUAAACAGACAAUAUUCUGGAGUCCUAAAGUACUUCUUUAAUAUGUAAUAUCUGUGUGUAAGUUUCAUUAAUUUUACAGAGUUUACUGCUUGCUAUAUUUAGGGUUCAGUCCUGUCAGUCACUUCAUUAAAGCCUCUCAAACAUCUUCCUUUUUGGGGUACAAGCUGGACGCAAAUUUAUUGCUGUGGAGAGAUACUGUGAAUAAUUAUGGCUGUCCACAUACAUAGGUUCUUAAUAUAUACAUUAUUUGCUAACAGCCCCCUUAAAGUAGUAAACAGCAGUUUUUCUAUACUAGUACAUCAGUUGGAGAAUAUUUUUUUUUCAGUCAGGUUAUUAAUACCAUAUUCUUAUUAAGAGGGCUGUCAGCAUAUUAGCAUCAUUUGUAUUUUAGCUGUUAAUAAUCCAGGCUAAAACUUGGGUCAUAAAAAUAGCCCUAUUUAGAAUCAGCAUUUUUUCCUCUGGUGUACACAGUAAGGAAGGCAAACAAUAGAGAGAAGGAACAGAGAGAACUCCAUAAAAACUAGGGAAGAACUCAAAGCAAAUGCUAUCCAGAAAAAACAGAGGUCAGACAAAACUUGGUGGUGGGGCUGAGGGGGACAUGUUAUUUGAGGUUUAAUAAGCAGAUAGUGAUUAUGGUCAAUAGCAGCAAGGUUUUUUGAAGAGUCUUAAGUUGUGUUCAUAAAAACUGUAAAUUGAUUAUAUAAAAACUUUGUUAAAUUGGAAAGAUCUAAUCUUCCCUGUGCAUGUAAUACAGCUGUGCUAAAUUAUGUUUUUGUGGAUGUGUUACAAUAUAUGGAGAAAAGUUUUCAAAACAUUUUUUAAUUGUUCUGAAUGGCACCAUUUUAAAUCUAGCUUUCUAAAAGCUGGUGCAUAAGUCUGCAAUACAUACUCCCUUGUUUCUUAGAUUAAACUUUUUAUGGAAAAGAAA